UUUGUACUCUUCUGCACUUACAUUAAUUGCUAGAGUAUCCUUUGUUCAUUAUAAAGCAUCAAUUGUAGAUUAUGCUGACAUCAAGAGGUAGGUGCAAACUAUAAAGCUAUUGAUCUAACAUGCAAGUAUUGGUAAUAUGUAUAUAUGAGAUGAAGAUUUACUUGCUUGUUUCCAUGCACACCAACCCACAUAAGAUUAUCAUAUGUACUUGGAUAAUAAGAAACUCUCUUGCCAAUUGUUGUUGAAGGAUCAAUUUAGAAAGAAAAAGAGAAAACCCAAUCUCUCUCUUCAGGCUUCCUUCUUUUCUUAACCCGAUUGUAUGGUCAUGGAGCCACAUGAAAUCAAGGGAUUCCAUUAUCCACCUCAUGCAAACUCCUCAGUUCCAGGUCUUCUCUCUCUGUCUCCUACAGACAACACUCUAUCUUAUGCAAAUUUAUCUCAGAAUCCAGAAUCCAGCUCGAGUUUCUUCAGUAGAUCAUUCCCAUCCAACUCUCCAAUCCAUUUCCCGCUCCAUAUAUUCUCUACAAAUACAUCACCUGCCAGUGCGGACUCUUCUUUGAACAAGACGAGUAAUCACCAAGUAGGUAACUCCCACGAGAGAAAACUUAAGAGGAUGAUAUCCAACAGAGAAUCUGCUCGAAGAUCACGCAUACGCAAGAAGAAGCAAAUCGAAGAGCUUGACUGUCAGGUUAAUCAUCUCCGAACCAUGAAUCAUCAGCUUUCCGAGAAGGUUAUUCAUUUGUUAGAGAACAACCAGCAAAUCCUCCAAGAGAAUUCCCAGCUCAAGGAGAGAGUUUCUUCUCUUCAACUUGUUCUGUCCGACUUACUCAUACCCAUGAGAAAUGUUGAAGAGAGCAUCUGCAAUCCCAACCGCCUUAGAGGUGAAACUUCAAACUGAUCAAUCUAUCAUCAGAAUCAUAUACAUGGGUUUCUUCAGGGAAUAAAAUAGAUUGUAUAAACUAAUCAGAGAGCUGGAAUUUGUCACUCAGCUUUUACUUUGUUGAGGCUAGUUCAAAUUAUGUCACAUUUAGAGGACAACAAUAUGCCGCCAUAUAGUCAGUUAGUUUGAGGUACACUUGCAAGCUUAACACUUUCCUGAAGCAAACAGAUAAUUAUAGACUUCCCCAAAUAUAGUUAAUAGUUUACAACUCUGUAUUGGCAGAUUGCGUUA